AUGUGUAGAUCCUCACGACAAGUCAUGAAGGAAACGAAGGAAGCCGACUGUUUGGAAGCCACGGUUGCGCUGCAGAAGCAGGAGCACCAGGCCCAUGCAGGAGUCGUUGGACUGGAGGUGUUCUCGGCCGGCCUCCCACCCAUCCUUGCUGGCAAGAAGACAUGCUCUGUGCGGAACUAUCCUCUUCCAAAGGAUUUGGAGGGCAAGCCACUGCUGGUGCUGGCGAUACCGCCUCCAACGGGUGAGGGUGCCGACACUCUGCCAGACGAGGUCGCCGCCGAGUCUGGUUUGUUCGAGUGCGUCGGCGUCAUCGUCUUCUCGAGUGGCUCAUAUCGGUACGACACCCGCGCCGCAUUCGAGGAAGACGCACCUCGGCACGCGAUGGUGCCUGGGACACCCCUCCAUGCCAAGUAUGCAGGUGAAGGGAGCGGAUGGCCCGGGCCCGAAGGGUACACGUAUCGCUGGGACAUUGAGACCGUGAAGCCUUGGCCCCCUGAGCUGGAGAUGGCUACAAGGAUGCCUGCCGUGUCCCGGCGAUGUCACUCGCUCUUUUAUGUCCAGGGAACUGGCUGGGAGUCCCUGAUGCAGGCCGUGAUCUCUGGGACCAGCCACCGGGGAACAGUGCGACCGCUUGAGGCUGAUCCAUCCGCUUGA